UGGAUGCUCUUCUUUCUGAGUGCCUUGUUGGGGGUCGUGGGGUCACAGGAAACGCCCUCUGCUGCAGCUCAGCAGCUCCAGACCCUUCACUGCCCGCCCUGCGAGCGCAUACACUGCUCCACCCGCCGGGCGCUGAAGCUCCAGUGUAAAGGGGGCAUCACGACAGGUGUGUGUGGCUGCUGCCCCGUCUGUGCCCGGGCGGAGGGGGACACCUGCGGGGGGACGUGGGACUAUCUGGGCAAGUGUGACGAGGGCCUGCUGUGUGUUUACCAGGAGUCAGGAGCAGAAGACAAACCAGACGCAGAGCGCAGAGGCGUCUGUAAAGCAGUGAUUGAAUCAUUGGAUCCAGAGAGCUGUCACCCAGAGUGCACCAGGGAGUACUGUCAGGCAAACCGCACGGAAAUCUGCUCUGCCAGGCUUGUCUCUCUGGAGAAGACAGCAUGCCAGGGCUCCUGCCAACACACCUCCUGUUCAAGCUGUCUGCUCCUGAAACCCCCAUCAUGCACUCAGACCUGCACCCCCGCUGACUCAUCCUGCCUGCGCCAGUUUGGGAAGUGUGUGCACAAUCACCUGACAGCCACUCAUAACACUGUAUGCAACAACAACCUGCAGAGUCAUCCUGAGGGGCAUUUUCUGUGUCUGGUCCCAGCCUGUCCAAACACAGUGAAGGUGUAAAAAUAGUACAUUUUCAUUGUAGCAAAAUGGAAAAAGGCAGCUAUAUAUAAACUUUGUGUAUAACUUCAAUAUUUUUUUAUCAAACAAUCCCAUUUGUAAGCAAUGUUAACUAAAUAAAACCUGUGAAAUGUAUAAAUGUAUAAAUCAUUGAAAAUAAAAUGAUGUGUCGUGUCA